AUGGCUCCGCAUAAUGGAAUAAAUUUAUCGGUUCAGUCCACUCUGCUGGUAUUUGAGCGGCUUUCGAAGAAGUCACCAAACUACAAGGACCGUAUCAAAGUCGUGGAAGGCAACCUGGAGAAGGAGGGACUGGACUUGUCACCCGAGAACACACAAUAUCUGUGCGACAACGUGAACGUCAUUCUACACAUUGCAGCCACCGUAAAGUUCGACGAAGAAAUCAUCAAGGCCAUCAACAUCAACCUGCGAGGAACUCGGGAAGCACUUGAAAUCGGCAGAAAAUCCAAGCAUCUAGAGAGUUUCGUCUACGUUUCGACGGCAUACUCAAACAGCUACACCGAGUACAUUGAGGAACGAGUUUAUCCGUUAGAAAUGAACCCGGAGAAGGUGCUGGCAAAUUUGGGAGACGAGAAAUUCAAAGACGAUCUUUACAAAUACUCGUUAAAAUGGCCAAACACAUACACAUUCACCAAAGCCCUGGCGGAAGCCCUUACACAAGAGUACAGACAGUAUUUCCCAGUAGCCGUUGUUCGACCUUCCUGCGUGAUGCCUGCACUAGAUGAACCGAUUCCUGGCUGGUGUGACAGCAUCUACGGAACCAACGGUACAUUCAUUGGAUGGUACUAUGGACUGAUUCGGACUAGUCUCAUCGAUCCAGAUGUUCAGAUCGAUACCGUUCCCGUAGACUAUGUUAGCAACACAAUCAUAUCGGUCGGAUGGAAAACAUUCACCGAAAGGGAAAAGGAAAAGGAACUUCUAGUAUAUAACUGCAUCAGCUCAGCUGACAACCCCUUAACAUUCGACGAACGGCGCCGAGACUGCGAAAAGGUCUUGAAGAAACACCCGCUGCUAACGGCCAUGUACCGACCGAUUACUGUGUGCACCAACAACGAAGCCAUGUUCUGGAUCUACUCGAUGGUCCUGCACUACUUGCCAGCCUUCCUGAUUGAUACGGCCCUUAGGUUGCGAGGUGAAAAGCCACGACUCGUCAGUGCGUACCAGAAGAUCGAUAAGGUUGUCGAAACGGUGAAGCGGUUUACCAGCACGACCUUCUUUUUCGACAAUCAAAACAUGCGAGAUCUGUACAUUCAGAUGAGUUCGUUGGACCACCGGAUGUUCCCGUGUGACAACCGCACUUACAGCUGGCGCCUAUACUUCGAGCGCGUCGUUCCCGGUCUAAAGAAAAACUUCUUCAAGGAAGACUUGAACAACGUUCAGCAGGCUCGGCAAGCCCUCCGGAAGAAGGAACUGACCGUAAACAGCGUGCUGGCUCUGCUUUUCGCUCUGCUCUGUUUCCAGCUCUACUAUUGGCUGUUUUGAGCUGUUCAGAUAGUAUCGAAUGUUUUGCUGUUCUGUUAGUUCUAGGCCAACAGGUUCGAUUGAGAACUUUAAUGAUUAAGUUUUUACAGCGAAAUGCGUCCCUAGUCGCGCACAGUGUUGCACGACUUGGAGAUCAGACCGAUUCAUUAGUGGCUUUUUGCUUCUAACGGAAAAGCCUGUUCAGCCUGAGAUGUGGUCUUGGUGAUCUACGAACUAAAGAAGGGACCAUGCGACUAUCAAUGCCGUUAUUACUUCACGGUUUCCUUCAAGGUUGCAGGAGAUGUUCAAUGUAUAUAGAUGAAAAAUGAUUAUAGAUUUCACUUUUAACUACUCACGUUGCAACCAUUCUUUGCAAGUUUAUACCAAAUAAUAAAACUGUUCGUUUCACACGAAAUAAAAACCUUUAUGUUCCAUCACCAGACAAUAGAUCACCAGAUACGCAUAGGUCGCUAAAUGCUGACGAUUGCUCAACGUAAUAUUGAAUGAAGGGAUUCACCAAAUGAUUUUGGAAGGGCCCCUGAAAGCGGGUCUCAAAGUGAACAUCGACAAAAGAAAAUCAGAAGAAACCAACAAAAGGCACGCAAGUUUACGAUAGAGUUAUUGUAGGUAUCAUAAGUUGUAAUUUGUACAGCCACUUUGUUAGGAGAAAAGGCAUUGCAGUUAGUCAAACCAGUCGAUCGAUUUCAGUGGAAAGUUUGCUUAUCGACACUGCGCUUAGUUUUUUUUAUUCUUUGACUACAAGUUUUGUUUUAGUAACGAUUAGAUUUAUAUUUAUUGGCAAUGCUUAUUUUUAAUCGAAUCUCUAUGAAACCCCACAGAAACGUGGAAAAAGUCGAGACUAAACUCAGUUCUCAGAGAUGCUCAAUUUCAUUACUUCCUCCAACAAUGCGAAGACAAUUUGUCUAAGGGUAUCAUAUAACGCUACGUUAGGUUACAGAAAAAGUGCAAAUUGUGAGGAACAUAAAAUGCAAGAUUCUUUGUUUAACUUCCGGGAUUUAAUGCUAGCCACAGGUACAUUUUAUGCGUAGUUA